UUAAAGUUUGUCGCUGGCCGCUUUCGGUUCUUCGGCUAUCAGGCGCGCGCCAGAGCGAAAGCGCACGAACGCACGCACACGAUAAUAAACAGCCGCCGCCCCCCUCUCCACUGGCACCCACUCUUUCUGGCAGCAGAAGAUCGCGGGAAAUCAGAAAACUCCGAAAACAUCGGAUAACCGUUUUUAUUUCGUUAAACUUUUUAGUUCUUUUCGUUUCGUUUUCGGUUUCGCUUACGUUUUCUCCGUUCUCGUUCUCUUCGAUUCGUUGUGGUAACUUGUUCGGCUUUAAGUUAACAACAAAUGCAGUCAAAGAUAGCGCCAAAAACCAAAAAAACAAAAUAACACUAAAAAGAGCGCCAAAAAAAUAGCCGAAAAAAAAAGCAAAAAUCAUUGUUAUUGCAUGGAAAAUUACUACAGAAAUUUCUUGUUCAGUGUGCCGGGCAAAAGCAACUGGCAAAAAGAAACAAAACACAGAAAAAAACCAAAAAGCAACCCAAUCCGAAUAACACAGUAAACACAGAAAAAAACCAAAAAAAAAAAGCGAAGCAACAACAACAACAACGGGGCAAGAGCAUAAAUUAGAUUGGCCUCAUAGACGAAUAACAACGAACUCGAGCCGCCGCGUAAACAAAUUAAACGAUGCUGGCUGCUCAAAUUUAAAUAUAAACUAUUAUUGUUAUCGCCGCUUGCUGUGUUAGCGCUGUGUUGUCUCGCUUUUUCUAUACUUUUUCGUUUUUCGCGCCAAAUGCAAUCGAUUUUUUUCAAAACUUUUCGGACUAUUUGAAUAAUGAAUGGUGGGGGAGGGAGUGGGAGAAGAGCGUAAAUCAAAAGCGUGACUAAGAAUAAUUUUUAUGAAAUCAAGCAAAAACCCGUGUCACUUCACACCCGCGCAACAUAUCCCGAACAUCCGUUCAGUUUCCGUUAUUUCGAAAAUGCUCUUUCGAGUGCGCUCUUCUCCUAUGCUUUCCGAUCACAACAAAAACAAAUAUAAAAACACAAUUUUUACUUUAAAGUUGUUGUUCGUGCUUUAUUACAGACUGCAAUUAGUUACCGUAUCCCACGACAGUGUUUGUGUGUGUGUGUGUGUUAUCAGGAAAAGAGUGUAAGGGAGAGUGAAGAAAGAACUCGCUAUAUCAGCGCGAUUCGAAAGACAAACACAAAAAGGAAAAGUAACGGUGUGUGUGUGCUCUCUAUCGCCAUCUCGCUUCAACCAAAUGAACCGAUAUUAAAAGAGAUUACAAUUACGCUUUUAAAUAAAUGCAGAGAGCUGUUUUAGUCCGAAGACCAAAAGGUUACCACCGAGACAUCUACUGAAGAAAAACUGAGGCUCUGAGACUCUGAAACUCUUUGAGCAAAAGUAGGAAAAACCUACAAAUGAAAACCAAAAACAGGAUCAACAUCAACAGCAACAAGUGCAAUUGCUUUAGUCACUCGAGUCAGGGAAUCGCCAUCACCGAUGAGAAGAACGUACUGAGGAUACAGAGCUAUAGCUAUACGUACAAGUGCUUGAAUCACAAUCCGAGACCUCGGAUACUUGGCUGAAUCCUACUGUAUCC